UGUGACAUUUUAGUCAUUUAAUAUGGGUAAUUUUAUAUUUUUCCCAAAGAUUGUUUGAUUAGGUAAAUAAAAGCUAUUUUAUGCCUUUGCACAAAAGGAAAUCGCAAACAAAACCUAACAAGUUCGUUUAAAUUCAUUGCGAAAAUCAACGCUUUUGCUCUAUCUUGGAAACAAGGUGGCGGCAGUUGGACUACUCAGUGUUUCUACGACUCUGGUGUGACCAAAUUAACUGAAGUACAGUUAAGCGGGAGACAUACAGAAAAACGUCAUAUUUUCAGUGAGAUAUAUUGAGGUUAUAUAGUUUAGACAAGAUUGAAAUGUUUUCCUGUGAAUUUUGUCCGUUGGUGCUCGCCUCGAAAGGUUCCUAUUUCAACCAUAGAAAGCGAAAGCACCAGAAUGAAUACCUGAGAUCUCUACAGCAAAAUGGAAAAGGUUUUUGCUGUAGCCUAUGUAAGUUUAGUGCACCUAGUAACAAAGACAUGAUUUAUCACUACAACAUUGUUCACGAAAAAGGCCUAAAAUUGUUACAUGAACAAUUUGCCAUGGAAAGAGAUUUUGCCGCAUGGAAAGAAAACUUACAAACAGAAACGAAGACUUUGUACGUUCAACUGAAGAAAACCCGUCAACAAAUGGAUUACGAAGUGAUAUACUUUGGUUGUAACAGAUCUGGAAAAUAUGUGCCCAAAGAUGAUGCUACUCAUUGUACUAAAUCGCAAGGAACUUCAAAAUUUGGUGGGAAAUGUCCGGUUUACAUGAUUAAGCGUACACACUUGUCAUCAGGUCUUAUUUCAGUGGAAUAUUGUUCUGAUCACGUUGGACACGAUGAGGAAAUUUGCCACUUGCGUUUGUCCACUAAAAUUCGCAGCAAGAUUUGUGGAAAAUUGGCAAGCGGGAUGGAACCAAAAAAAGUUUUAGACUACAUUAGAGACGAUCACCGCAAAAUUGAUAGAGAUGCAAUGGUAACAAGGAAAGACAUUUGGAACAUUCGCAAACGAUAUCAUAUUUCAAAUGUGGAAAAGCAUGAAAACGAUACACAAAGCGUUGACAUUUGGAUAAAAGAACUGUCAACUGGAAACGAUUUUAACCCCGUGGUAAUGUACAAACAACAAGGAGUUACCGAUUGCGAUUUACUAAAGGACGACUUUGUUUUGUGCUUACAAACAGAAUUUCAGAAGCACAUGUUAAGAGAGUUUGCUCAAAAAAUGAUUUGCAUUGACUCCACACACUCCACCACUAAAUUUUUGUUAACCACUAUUAUGGUGAUUGAUGAUUUUGGAGAAGCCAUUCCCACAGCUUGGAUAAUUUCUAACAGAGAGGACGCUGAGCUUCUAACUCGUGCCUUCUCUGCGCUAAAACAUAAAUGUGGGGAUAUUAUGACGGAUAUAUUCAUGAGCGAUCUGGCCAACAAUUUUUAUAAUGCUUGGACAACAGUAUUUACAAUACCUAACAAAAGACUGUAUUGCAACUGGCACGUUGAUAAAUGUUGGAGAAGAAUGAUAGCCAAAACCAUUUCAAACUUGGAAGACCAAGCAACCGUAUACGCAUACCUAAAAAUCCUGCACUGUGAAACAGAAGAGCAAAAGUUUCGAAAAAUGUUACAAGAAGUAAACGAUGUUCUUGGUGAAACUUCCCCACAAUUUCUCGAAUAUUUUAAUAACAGUUACGUGUUGGAUGAUAAAUAUAAGCUGUGGGCCUCAUGUUUUCGGAUUGGUUCAAUUGCAAAUAACAACAUGUACGUCGAAGCAUUUCACCGGGUUUUAAAAAGUGUCGAUUUUAGCAAAAAACAGUACAAAGGUGUCGACAACCUGCUGAUGACCCUUAUAAAAUUUUCCAGAGACAAGUGUUUAGAACAAUUUAUUAAAAUGCCAAAAGGCAAGUCAACUCACUGGGUCGCCGAAAUACAGAAACGACAUAGACUUGUAAGGACGGUAACUGGGGUGGUGUCUUUGGGAGAGAAUGAAUGGAAGGUUGAAAACCCAACUGACCAUAAGUACACCGUAAAAAAGAUUGAACCUCAGUGUUUAGGAAAAUGCCAAAUUAAGUGCAGUAUGUGUAACGUAUGUGUUCAUAUGUAUACAUGUACUUGCCCGGAUUUUUUGAUGCACGCAGUUGCAUGUAAGCACAUUCAUGCAAUAGAAAUAUCUAUUUCAGGAGGCAAAACUUUUGCUUUCCAGCAAAACCGAAACAAAGAACCAGAAGUUGUUAUAGAAAACACUCUUGUUGGAACCUCAAUAGUUCGUCCACAAUCCUUGAAGGCAAAUUUACAUAAGUAUGUCGAUAAAAUACACGAGGUGAUCGAUUUAGUUGACGAUGAGGAUUGUUUAAAAGCACUGGGUAAACGUUUGGUAUUAGGAGUGGCAGUUGCAAAAGGCAUGCGACCAACAGAAUCGUUUCCGCGUGGAACCAACAUGUCCUCUAACAAACAUUUUGAUACCCAAAAACGAUUUUAUUCAACGCAGGCUAAGGUGGGAAGAAAAAGGAAAAAUCGUCUUAAAUAUCCGACCAGCAGCGAAAGCACAGAACUGAGGGCAAAGUUAGCUCGCAUCACUCCUCAGCUGUGCGCAUUAUGUUUUAUGAGUGAUGAUAGAAACGACACAGCCCAAGUAUUGUGGCGACAAUGUGAAAUCUGCGAUUGUUGGCUACAUUCCACAUGCUACUCAAACCAUGAUGGGUGCCCAAUCUGCAUGUCAUAGACUUAUUAUAAUUCCUGUACAUUUCAGUCUUUGUGUUAUUAUAAUCUUGCCACUUAUUGGUUGUGCGCUAACAAAUAUACAUUCAG